CACACAGUAACGCACACUUCAGAGGCUGCAGCACCGAAUUCCAGCAAACUUUACCGCACAUGCAUAGAAAGCUGAGGCAGGAGCAGCCACCGCUUCAUAGGAGAUCCAUUGAAGUAGCAGUUUUAAGAAACGGGAGCGAGUACAAGGAAGUGCACCUCCUGUGCAAGUGGAAGCGAGAAUAGCCUUAUAUUAUUAUAAGAGAUCUGUGUAUUCCGGGCAGGCUGCGUUCACCGGCUGGAUCCAUCACCCCCGUUGGAAGUAAGAGAGCAGAACAGAUCUGUGUUGGAGAGAGCAGGAGGCAGAGAGCGGGAGGAGGCUGGGCAAGCAGCCACCGAACAUGAUUUGAGAGACGGAUACAGCACCUAAGAGGAGCCGGUGGUCCUGCAGCUUCACAGACAAGCUGCCGAAGACAGCUGCAGUGAAUCAGAAGGGGUCAUACUGAACGGGCAAGGACAUCUAUAGCAUACAUCCACACUGCGAUCAGUUGUGGGUUUUUUUUUUUGCUAUACGUAAAGGUGUGUGCAUUACCCGGAGGCUGCUGAAUAUACGAGCGAUACCUGUCUAUUGGAGAUCGGUUACUGGGGAGCGAUCUGGAGAUUAAUAGAGCCAUUUCUCGGAGUAUUGGAGGGUUGGGGGGUUCUGCAGUGUCAAUGCGGCUGUACUAAAGGAAGGGGGAGAAGAAGCUCAUCUCCCAGGUCAACUCCUUAUAACUCUAUCUUUAACAGGAGCAACAUUGAAGAAGAGUCGCAAAUAUGGGAACCACGAGAUGGAGCUGGAUCAGUGUAAUAACCAACUUUGUGUUAUUAGCCCCAAUUAUGGCUCUCACCAGACAAGCCUCACAAGCAAAAAGGAAUUUUACCACAUUUUAUGCUGAGCAAGCUGACUGGACAUUUAACCACUUGGUGGUUGAUUCAAGGAGUGGACAUAUUUACCUAGGUGCAAUCAAUAGAAUUUACAAACUUUCUGAAGACUUGAAGGUCUUAGUGACUCACCAGACUGGACCAGAUGAAGACAACCCAAAGUGUUACCCUCCUAGGAUAGUCCAGCCUUGCAAUGAGCCUUUGGCUGUUACUAACAAUGUCAACAAAAUGCUCCUUAUUGACUAUAAAGAAAAUAGAUUACUAGCUUGUGGUAGCCUUUACCAAGGUAUCUGCAAACUGCUUAGGCUUGGUGAUCUUUUUAAACUCGCUGAGCCUUUCCAUAAGAAAGAACAUUAUCUCUCUGGGGUAAAUGAGAGCGGGUCUGUUUUUGGUGUCAUUGUUUCUCACAACAAUCUUGAUGACAAGCUCUUUAUUGCUACAUCAGUAGAUGGAAAACCAGAAUACUUUCCUACAAUUUCUAGUCGAAAGCUUAGCGCUAACUCAGAAGAUGAUGGAAUGUUUGCAUAUGUUUUUCAUGAUGAGUUUGUUGCUUCAAUGAUAAAGAUUCCAUCUGACACAUUUACCACAAUCCCAGACUUUGACAUUUAUUAUAUUUAUGGAUUCAGCAGUGGCAACUAUGUCUACUUCUUGACUCUUCAUCCUGAGAUGAUUUAUCUUUCUGGUUCUGCCACAAAGGAGCAAGUUUAUACCUCCAAGUUAGUCCGUUUGUGCAAAGAAGACACGGCUUUCAAUUCUUAUGUUGAAGUCCCCAUUGGCUGUGAAAGAAAUGGUGUGGAAUACAGGCUUCUACAAGCUGCUUACCUUUCCAAAGCUGGGUCUAUUCUUGCCAAAUCUUUAGGAAUCAAACCUGGAGAUGAUGUUUUGUUUACAAUCUUCUCCAAAGGUCAGAAGAGGAGAAUGAAAUCACUAGAUGAGUCUGCCUUGUGCGUAUUUGUCCUUAAAGACAUUAAUGACCGCAUUAAAGAGAGACUACAGUCUUGCUACAAGGGAGAAGGUACUUUAGAUCUGGCAUGGCUGAAGGUGAAGGACAUUUCCUGUAGCAAUGCGCUUAUCACCAUUGCUGAUGAUUUCUGUGGCCUGGACAUGAAUGCCCCGCUGGGAGUAUCUGAGAUGGUUCGAGGGAUACCUAUCUUCACGGAGGACAUGGAUAGAAUGACCUCUGUUAUUGCCUAUGUCUACAAGAAUCACUCACUGGCUUUCGUGGGCACUAAGAGUGGCAAACUAAAAAAGAUACGUGUUGAUGGUCCCAUUGGGGAAGCUUUGCAGUAUGAAACCAUACAGGUGGUGGACUCUGGCCCUAUUCUUCGAGACAUGGCCUUUACAAAGAAUGAAGAGCAACUUUUUGUCAUGUCAGAAAAGCAGCUUACCAGGGUGCCGGUUGAAUCAUGUGGACAGUACAGUACUUGCAAGGAAUGCCUGGACUCUGGAGAUCCACACUGUGGAUGGUGUGUUCUACACAACAUGUGUACAAGGAAAGAAAGAUGUGAACGUUCCCAUGAACCGCGAAGAUUUGCAUCUGAGAUGAAGCAGUGUGUACGAUUAGUUGUCAACCCAAACAACAUUUCUGUUUCACAGUACAACGUUCUGUUGGUCCUGGAAGCUUACAACGUGCCAGAAUUAUCUGCUGGUGUCAACUGUACAUUUGAAGAUCUUUCAGAGACAGAUGGCUUAGUGGUAGGCAACCAGAUCACAUGCAUCUCACCUGCUGAAAAAGAAGUGCCCAGAAUUAUCACAGAGAAUGGUGAUCAUCAUGUUGUCCAACUUCAACUUAAAUCCAAAGAAACUGGGAUGACGUUUGCUAGUACUAAUUUUGUUUUCUACAACUGCAGUGUUCAUAACUCGUGUCUGUCCUGUGUGGAAAGUCCGUAUCAAUGUCAUUGGUGUAAAUAUCGGCAUAUGUGCACACAUGACCCUCUAACGUGCUCCUUUCAAGAAGGAAGAGUCAAGAUGCCUGAGGAGUGUCCCCAGCUUCUUCAGACCGAGAAGAUCAUGAUCCCUGUAGAAGUGGUAAAGCCCAUUACACUAAAAGCUAAGAACCUGCCACAACCCCAGUCUGGCCAGAAAGGCUAUGAAUGUAUUUUGAAUAUUCAGGGCAAUGAGCAGCGGGUUCCUGCCCUGAGGUUCAACAGUUCCAGUGUGCAAUGUCAGAAUACCUCAUAUUCCUAUGAAGGGAUGGAGAUUGACAGCCUCCCGGUGGAGCUAACAGUGGUGUGGAAUGGGGAUUUCAGCAUUGACAAUCCAGCGCUAAACAAAGUUCACCUGUACAAGUGCGGUGCCAAGAGGCCAAGCUGUGGACUGUGCCUAAAGGCUGAUCCAGACUUUGAAUGUGGUUGGUGUUCAGGCGAAAACAAAUGUACACUCAAACAGCACUGUCUACCUCCAGAAAACCCGUGGUUAGAGAUCUCAGGGGCACACGGAAAGUGUGCAAAUCCCAGAAUAACCCAAAUCAUACCUGUGACUGGCCCCCGAGAAGGAGGGACAAAAGUAACUAUACGAGGAGAAAAUUUGGGCUUGGAAUUUUGGGAAAUUAAAAAUGAUGUUAAAGUGGCAGAAGUUAAGUGCACGCCUAUAGUAGAAGAAUAUAUUCCUGCAGAACAGAUUGUUUGUGAAAUUGGGGAUGCCAAGCCCAGCCAGCAUGCAGGAUUUGUGGAUGUGUGUGUGGGAGACUGCAGACCUCGAUACAUGGCAAGAUCCUCACUGCUUUACUAUUUUGUGACACUGGCUCUUUCGAGACUAGAGCCUGCCCAGGGUCCUGUAUCAGGAGGCACACAAGUAACCAUCACUGGGACAAACUUAAAUGCAGGCAGCAGUGUCAAAAUUAUGUUUGGACGCCAGCCUUGCAUAUUUGACAGGAGAACAGCGAGUGAGAUAUUCUGUAACACCACAGCUUCCCUUGAAGGCUUGGAGAAGGUAAAGGUGACUGUACAGAUCGACAAAGCCAGAAUUCCACAGGAGCUACAGUUUGAAUAUGUGGAGGAUCCAAAAAUUAUCAGAAUUGAACCAGAAUGGAGCAUCAUGAGUGGGAACACACCAAUAUCAGUUUGGGGAACUAACUUGGACAUCAUUAGAAAUCCUCGAAUAAGGGCCAGGCUGGGUGGAAAAGAACAUGUUAAUAAUUGUACCGUGCUAAACGCUACAGAAAUGACAUGCCAGGCUCCAGCACUUGCAAUUAACUAUAACCAUCAGACAGAUGUUACGGAGCGUCCAGAAGAGUUUGGAUUCAUUCUGGAUAAUGUCCAAGCGCUGCUGGUCCUUAACAAGACCAACUUCACGUACUAUCCAGAUCCAGUAUUUGAAACAUUUAACCCGACAGGGAUUUUGGAAUUGAAACCAGGAACCCCCAUCAUUUUAAAGGGAAAAAACCUAAUCCCGCCGGUGGCAGGAGGCAACAUGAAAUUAAAAUACUCAGUGUUCAUUGGUGAGAAACCCUGCACAGUUACAGUGUCAGAUGUGCAGUUGCUGUGUGAAUCCCCCAACCUCACAGGACGCCACAAAGUGCUGGCUCGAGUUGGGGGAAUGGAGUUCUCACCUGGAAUGGUCUAUAUAACCCCUGACAGUCCACUCAGCCUUCCAGCCAUUGUAAGUAUAGCAGCUGCCGGAGGUCUGCUAAUCAUCUUUAUCGUGGCUGUGCUCAUUGCAUAUAAAAGGAAGUCCAGAGAAAGUGAUCUGACAUUAAAGAGGCUGCAGAUGCAGAUGGACAACCUUGAAUCGCGGGUAGCUUUGGAAUGUAAAGAAGCAUUUGCCGAGCUCCAGACAGAUAUCCACGAACUGACAAGCGACUUGGAUGGAGCUGGAAUACCUUUCUUGGAUUAUCGUACCUACACAAUGAGGGUCCUGUUUCCUGGCAUUGAGGAUCACCCUGUUUUGAGAGACCUAGAGGUCCCUGGUUACAGACAGGAGCGAGUAGAGAAAGGUCUCAAACUGUUCGCACAGAUGAUAAACAACAAAGUUUUUCUACUCUCCUUCAUCCGAACCUUGGAAUCUCAACGAAGCUUCUCCAUGAGAGACAGAGGCAAUGUUGCAUCUCUCAUUAUGACAGUGCUUCAAAGCAAGUUGGAAUAUUCCACUGAUGUGUUGAAACAACUGCUUUCUGACCUCAUUGAUAAAAACUUGGAGAGCAAGAAUCACCCAAAGCUACUUCUGAGAAGAACAGAGUCAGUCGCUGAGAAGAUGCUGACCAACUGGUUUACUUUUCUUUUGUACAAGUUCCUCAAGGAAUGUGCAGGAGAGCCCCUCUUCUCCUUGUUCUGCGCUAUCAAACAGCAGAUGGAAAAAGGUCCCAUUGAUUCGAUUACUGGGGAGGCACGCUAUUCACUGAGUGAAGACAAGCUUAUCAGGCAACAGAUUGACUACAAGACACUGGUGCUUAACUGUGUCAACCCUGAUAACGUCAAUAGCCCCAUGAUACCAGUAAAAAUCCUCAACUGUGACACUAUUACCCAAGUCAAAGAGAAGAUCCUAGAUGCUAUCUUUAAGAACCUACCCUGCUCUCAUCGACCAAAGGCAGCAGAUAUGGAUUUAGAAUGGAGACAAGCAAAUGGAGCUCGGAUGAUUCUCCAAGACGAAGAUGGUACAACAAAGAUCGAGAAUGACUGGAAGAGACUGAAUGUUAUUGCACACUAUCAGGUCCCAGAUGGCUCUGUGGUAGCACUUGUAUCGAAACAAGUUACUGCAUACAACGCAGUCAACAAUUCUACCGUGUCCAGGACAUCUGCUAGUAGAUAUGAGAACAUGAUAAAGUAUACUGGGAGCCCAGACAGCCUUCGUUCUCGUACUCCUAUGAUAACGCCAGAUCUUGAGAGUGGACUAAAGGUGUGGCAUUUAGUGAAAAACCAUGAACAUGGGGACCAAAAAGAAGGAGACAGGGGAAGUAAAAUGGUAUCUGAGAUCUACUUAACAAGACUCCUUGCAACCAAAGGCACUUUGCAGAAGUUUGUGGAUGACUUGUUUGAGACAAUUUUUAGUACAGCGCACCGCGGUAGUGCACUUCCACUUGCUAUCAAGUACAUGUUUGACUUUCUAGACGAGCAAGCGGACAAACACAACAUCCACGAUCCUCAUGUCCGACACACUUGGAAGAGUAACUGCUUGCCGUUGAGAUUCUGGGUUAACGUUAUCAAAAAUCCCCAGUUUGUCUUUGACAUCCACAAGAAUAGCAUUACAGAUGCCUGUCUUUCUGUGGUGGCUCAAACAUUCAUGGACUCAUGUUCAACAUCAGAGCAUCGUUUGGGAAAAGAUUCUCCUUCCAACAAACUUCUUUAUGCCAAGGAUAUCCCCAGUUAUAAAAACUGGGUAGAACGGUACUAUUCUGACAUUGCCAAAAUGCCAGCUAUAAGUGACCAAGACAUGAAUGCUUAUUUGGCAGAGCAAUCUCGUAUGCACAUGAAUGAGUUUAACACGAUGAGUGCACUCUCUGAGAUUUACUCAUAUGUUGGGAAAUAUAGUGAAGAGAUUUUAACAGCUCUGGAUCAAGAUGACCAGGCAGGAAAACAAAAACUUGCCUACAAACUAGAACAAGUCAUUGCCCUGAUGAGUAUAGACAGCUGAAAAAUGUCCUUCCAGGUUACCCUGGAAGGGAUAAACCAAGCCGUGCCUCAGUCGAGAUCGUCAUAUUUACCAAGUGCAAGUUUUCGUUGGCUGGAUGCAGGGUCUUCUGUUCUGCUUCCUUUUCUUCUGUGAACCCCAUGGAUACAUUAGAAUGUCCAGUGGAUUAAAGGAGAACAUUCAGUGAGGCUGACUUUGGAAUACAAAGACAUUCUGGUUAAGACCUUUUCUUACACAUAAACAUUUAAAUAAUCAGUAUCGGUAUGGGAAACUAGAAAGUCUUAUCUGCUGUGCUGCUUGUAAUGUCUUUCCUUGCCAUGACUUGGUACGGAUGGAACACAAACCCAGUAUUAAUGUAUUGUAACUAUUGACGGAAAAAGGAACCCACAAACCUUCUUUGGCAGAACAAGAAAAUUUCAAUAUCCUGAAAUAUGACUUUUAAUCCGUCCUUAAUGGAAAGGAAUUCAUUAACGUUCUGCAUGAAAAAAAACCAUAUACAUUUCCUUACUCAAUCUCUCAGAGGCAGUUGGAAGUACAAUAUUUUAAUUUGAUUUAUUUUUCUAUUAAUUUU